AUGAAUGAUGGCAAUCAGAUCCGCCUCCAGGAAUCUAGACCUCCGGGUAUUCACGAGCCAGACUCCUCAGAUGCGCAACAAAGAGCGAUGGACCUCGAGCAGAUCGACUCGAGACAAGUCGAAUCUAGCAAGACGAAAUUAUCUGUGCUCAUAGGAUCUGGAAUAAUCCAACUACCUAUAUGGGGCUUUGCUAUGAGCUACGGUAUCUUUCAGGAAUACUACUCGGAAAACUGGACAUUCGAAGGCGACCGCCGCAUUACCGGUAUCAUUGGCACAACCGCGAAUGGCGUCAUGUACCUAUCCAUGCCAUUUCUUUUCGCACUCUUCACAAGACGCUGGGCUCGCUGGCGUCAAACUGCCGCUCUAACCGGGACAGUAAUCGCAUGCAUUAGCUUCUUUCUUUCCGCCUACAGCACGGCCGUCUGGCACCUGUUUGCUACGCAGGGGAUCCUAUCCGCGCUUGGAUGCGCCUUGAUCUACAGCCCGACAACCCUCUCUCUCGGCGAAUGGUACACAACCAGCAAUCGUGCUUUGGCAUAUGGGAUCGUUCUUUCUUGCAAGAACAUCGUCGGUACAAGCUGUCCCUUCAUGCUUCGAGCAUUAAUUGAUGCAUAUGGCUACAAAACUACGCUGAAAGUAUGGACCGCUAUCGUCGGGGGUUCAAGCAUUAUCGCCAUAUUCAUGAUACCAAUCCAUCCUUCCAAAUUGACGAUUCACCAGACUCGAGCACGGCAAAUCCCGUGGCAUUUCCUCAGACACCGAUCGAUCUACUUCUACAGCAUCGCAAUUAUCUUCCAAAGUUCUGGCUAUGGUAUCCCGCAGACUUAUCUGAGCACUUACGCCCGAGAUAUCGCCCUGUUAUCCCAAACAUCGGGCACUUUGAUGUUAGCCCUAUUCAAUGCGCCUGGUAUAAUUGCCUCGGCUUUCUUCGGGUGGCUGAGCGACAACAAGAAAUUCCCUCUGUCUGCGCAGGCAGUCUCUGCAAUCCCACCAAUCUGCAGCGCUCUCUCGGCUUUCCUUUUUUGGGGCUUGACAUCGGAGGGCGCACUUGGCCUGCUUAUAGUCUUCUCCAUGACGUUUGGAUUCUUCUCCGGUGGUUACAGUGCUACCUGGGGAGGGAUGCUGAAGCAAAUUGAGCGCGAGUCCGUGGAGAGAAAUGAAGCCGUUGACCCUGGAAUGCUUUAUGGCCUACUGAAUGGCGUCAGAGGUGUCGGUUACGCAAGCGGAGGCAUCGCUGGAAUGGCACUUCUUAAGGCUGGGACUAUCGUGGCUAGUCAGCGUUUCGCGUUCGGGUCCUCUUAUGGUCCUCUGAUUCUCUUUACGGGGCUCUCUUCACUUGUCGGGGAUGGGUUGUUCUAUGGAGGUGGAACCCGAAGAGAUUCUUGUUAUUAG